AUGGCGCGCCCACCCAAUGCGAUCGAUCAACACCGUGAAUACGUCACCCAUCUUUACCUCAACGGGGUCUCGCGGAGCAGGAUCAAGCACAAGCUUCGAAGACACCAUCAUGUCACUGCCAAUCUCAGCACAAUUUCUCGCCGAAUCGCAAGCUGGGAUCUCCCGCGUCAGCAAACCCGCACCAAAGAAACCCCAGAACUGAUCGAGACCACCCGCGACCUGAUAUUUCGCGUUGGGCUUACCGAGAAACAAACACUGAGCGUUUUACAGAAGCAGGGUUGGCCGAUCACGAAACGAGGUCUGAAGCGCAUCAGGCUGCACCCGGACCGCCGCUGGGUACGCAGAAUCAAGAGCGAUGAAGAGCGCCUUGCGCUGCUGGAAAAGACAGAGCAGGUCAUUAUCGAAAUGACACGACGUUCUAAUGCCAUUUCCGGAUAUGGAAAAAGUCUCCUUCAGCCUUAUCUUCGUCAGCAAAAGCAGCUCUGGGUGCCUAGAGACCCUCUCUUUGCGAUGUACAAAAUUAUGUUCCCGAAUGAGAUCGAGAUGCGGAAAAGAAUGUUCCGCAGAAAGAAGGGACAGUUUCUUGUGCCGGGACCGAACUACCAGUGGUGUAUUGACGGCCAUGACAAACUCAAAGCGUAUGGUUUCGAGAUCUAUGCCGCGAUCGAUGCUUACUCCCGCAACAUUAUCUGGUUCUAUGUCGGCCACUCCGCAACGACCGCCUUGAGCGUUUUAAAACAAUAUUUGGCCGCCUGUGGCGCCUACGGGAUUCGGCCAUGGUAUCUGCAGGCAGAUAGAGGCAGCGAAACGCCACUGGUCGCAGCGGCCCAUUGGAACUUUGCUUUGGCGGCAGAUGGACGAGUGGAGUGGAAUGGGCGGGUCCUUCAGCAAGGAAAGCGCCUAAAGGAUUCUUACAAGGCUGCACCAAGCACCAAGAACGUGAAAAUAGAGAAAUGGUGGGAGAGUAUGCUGCACAUCUCCUCCCGGCAGUGGGUUGACUACUUUGGGGAGCUCGCCAGAGACGGUGACUUCGAUGGCGAUAUGUUGGAGGAUCAGAUUGCCAUCUACGCAGUAUAUGAAGAUAUAUUACGCCAAGAACUGUUCGACUUUGUGGAGGCGUGGAAUCUUCAUCGAAUCCGCCUUCAGAAGAAUCGUCCCCACGUGGUUCACGGCCAGCCCUGGAUGAACUACCAUUACCCAGAUCCCGACAAGGCGUGCAACUGGGGUAUCCCCAUUGACCACUCAGUUCUGGCUGAAUUAGAGCGGCCAUUGGCUGACAUCGAUGUUAAUACUUGCUUAGAGCCAGAGACAAAAGAUUGGUGCCGCCAAGUCCUUGUCGAAAUGGGCUACAACCACGUUGCCCUUGGAACUCACCAUGAGCCUGACAAAUUGCGGCCGUUCAAGCGUUUCUACCUAGGCCUUCGAGACAGGAUCAUUCAACACAUCGAGAGUGGCCGGCAGCCUCUAUUGGCAUAUCGCAAGGCGCCAACAGGUGGCAUCGCUGAAUAUGAAGCAUUAUACGAGCAAGCAAAUCAGGCCUUCCACUAUGAGCUUGGUGAUACGGAACCAACAGAACAGCCACUUGUUGAACUAGGAUAUGAGGAUGAAGAAGGGAACGACAUAGAAGGAAUCAGUGAUGACGAGGAUGGCGAGAUUUCUGAUGAGGAACCCGAGUAG